AUGUGAAUCCAACAUAUCAAUUAUCAAUUUGUAGAAAAACUGGCAUUAAAGCCAGACUAAGUGUCACAGAUGGAACUAUCCACGCAGAAGAUACAUCUCCUUAAAAUGCUCCUUUGGUUGUGUUGACAACAAAUUAAUAAUGUAUAUGUUGCAUUCACGUCUUCAUCUCAACCAAAAAUCUAAGUGAUUCAACCAGUAUGUGCCCUGUGGGAUGACAUAGGACUAUGUCCUUGCCCUGAGAUUAAAAAUGGUAUCUGGUAGGCAGAGGAAAUGUCCACAAAAUGUAUUGCUUUUCCACAGUAGUUUUUAACAGAUUACCUCCUGACUACAUCCAUUCUGUUUUCUCUAUGUUUGUACAUAAUGUAUUAUGCAGUCCAUCUUUGAGCCAUCUUCCUAGUUUUCCUCUUGGAGCCAGCAGCAGGUGGUCCACACCCAUGUCACUCCCUCAAAGCCGGAAGCCCUCUGCAGGACAGCGCAGGCGGCCAGUGGCCACUAGCAGUGGGCGCCAUUCCUAUAGCGAUGCCUCCAAUGCCAACACUUACCCCGGCAGGGCUAGUGAGGGUAGUCCUACAGCCCGGACAUAUCCUGGCACACCUAAGCAUCAGGUGAAGCAUGCAACCUGCAGUGAUAACCAUGGGAUUUGGCCCCCCACACCAGAGCAGUACCUCACCCCGCUGCAGCAGAAGGAGGUGUGUAUCAGACACCUGCGAGCCAGGCUGAGGGAGAAUGUCCAGAGGCUGCAGCACAGGGACAGUGAGAUAGCUGAGAUGAAGACCCAGCUGUGUCGGAUGCAGGAGGACUGGAUAGUGGAAGAGUGUCACCGUGUCGAGGCCCAGCUGGCUCUGAAGCAGGCGCGCAGGGAGAUCCAGCACCUGCACGAGGUCGUGGAGACAGUACGAUCAAACCUCGGCACCCCAGAAAAAGCCCCCUAUGACAAAAAGCCAUACAUCUCACCGCAGAGACCCCGGCCUACAAAGUCCCGCUCCUGUGGGUGCUCCCCAGCCAGCACCCUGAGCCGCAGCACCGCCUACACCCAGCUGAGCAGUGAGGCCCUCUAUGUGGACCGUAAUGGAAACGCUCCAGGGCCUGACCUGCGUGCAGCGGCACAGGUAGAAAGGGGGCGGACCCACCUGCUUCUGGAGGCGGCCCUUCUGUCAGAGCAGCAAACCCUGUCUGGCCCCGCCCUGGUCCACGGCCCCUCCUCUACCAUGCCACGCUCCUCCACCUACGAGAGGCUGUGCAGUGGAGGGGCUGUGCUGCCCGUCUCCCACUCCUGCCAAUCCCUGAGUAACAGCUGCAGGUGCAGUGGACACACCUACCUCCCUCAUCACCACCUCUUCCUUCACCUCCCCCAGGAGGAGCCCUCGGCUGCAGUGGCGGCGGCUGCUGCUAUCCCCGUGAGGGAGGCAAAACCGGAGGUCCGAUCCCAGGCCUGCAGCCCCACCAUGACCUGGGUCUCAGAGGAAGGAGGGGGAGAGGAGCUGAGCAUCAUCUCUCUGGCAACAACCAACAUCACCCCAGCCUACUCAGAGCAACAGCUGUUCCCUCCCUCCUUGUCUUCCUCCCCUCCUCCCCAGCUCUCCUACAACCUAGAUCCACUGUCUCCAGAUGGCCAUGUGGAGAUGACAAUGAUGCCAACAGUGGCCCAAACCUGCCAGCCCAAGCCUGGGCCAAUGUUGUCACCAGAGAGGCAAGGAGGUGUGACAGGGGUGGAGGAUGAAGAGAAGGGUGAAGCUGUUGAAGUUGACGGUGAAAACGUUGUGGGAGGGGAAGAGGGGGUGGACGGUGCUCCCCAGCGGAACUUCUGGAGCCGAUACUUCCUGGUGGACCUGUUGGCAGUGGCCAUGCCGGUGGUGCCAACGGUGGCCUGGCUGUGUCAUGGGGCCCCGCGGGAGGUCAUGCCUGUGUACCACAUCGGUUCUCUGCUACGGGGUUGCUGCGCUGUGGCCCUUCACUCUCUGCGACGCGGGGGACGUGGCCCCACAAGCAUGAAUGGGGCGUCCAAUAUCUGACAACUUUACUCCUUAGCCCCCUGACUUCCCUCACAGCAACCAUGCAACCCCAACCUCUAACGAGUCACAGCCAGAACAGCAAUCAGACUUUGAUUUUGACUUGAACUUAUAUUGCUUUUUAUUCUCCACCCACCACGUCUGAUUUGAGGACGACCUUGAGAUUUACAUGAUUUGUUUGUUAGAUUUGUAAUAAUGCCUAAUUAUCUAGGAAAUCAAAUGCAAUAGUGAUUUGAUGGGGAAUGCGUGAGCCUGCGUGAACUUUUUACCACUGGUCUACAGUGGCUCCCAUGACUGCACAACUCAUUGCAUGUAAACCUGAGAAAUGUUCAACCCUUUGCUAUUAACUCACCUUAAACAGAACCUUCAAAUACACACCUGCUACAUUUGAACCUCGAACACUUUGACGUACUGUAUUCUCCGUGAAUCUUCUCGUUGUCUUUGAAAUUGGGGUGAACAUUGUUCACCUUGUUAAACAUCAGCAACAUUUUCUUUUAGAGCUAAGUCAAUGAGGGACCUGAGUGAGAGUUCAAGUUGAAUGUUUUUGAAAAAAUAAUUUUCUCAAGAAAAUAGAGAAAAGUAGAUAUGUUUGCACAACGAAUGGGAGAUUGGGAAUCUAUUACUUUUCAGGGAACAAACGUUUAUCUUCUGGUUUCAUUAAUUGUAUUAAUAGUCCAAGGAUAAGAGUAAAAUUCUGAACAAGUCUAGCACUGUCACUAUCCAUGUCUAAAUGCUGAAAGCAAGUACAAUGCCAGCUAUGUAUGUAUUUGUUGGAAAUACAUGUUGAAUUUCAACAUUUACAAUAUUAGGAAAUUAUCAAUUAUUUUCAAAAGGCUAGAUAUUUCUUUCAAACAUUGCACAUUUUUCCACUUUUAGGACUAUACUACUUUACGUUUCAUCAAACAUUAACCAUGCAAGUCUACUUUUGAGCCACAUUAUGCCACUAAUGCUACAGUGAUAGAUUCUCAAUUAUUCAAAUUCAGAAGUCAAAAGCAAUAAGAAAAAGCUAUGAUGAAGUCUUUACAAGUAUUGGUAAAAUUGCACAAAAAAAGCUGUAGAAUACAAAGUGUAAAUAGACCUGGAUGUAUUUCUUCUUCCCUUUGAAAAUAAACUGAAAGUUGCCUUUG